CUCCCAUCGACCAAAGCCAAACGACAAUUAAGCAAAUCAUGAUUGCAUUCGACUAAUACUACCAAGAUCUGAUCUUUAUAUCUGCUUCUCUUCUCAUUAUCUCUUUGCUCGUCCCUUUAGUUCGAUUCCCACACAGCCGAGUCUCACCAUGGCGACUAAGACGCUUGAAUCUCGCUUUGAGCAUUUGUCUGUCAAAGACGAGAAAGAGGGAAGCAGUGAACGGACCUAUGGAAAGAAGGGAUCCGCCUCUGCAGGCGUCUCACAGACAAACAGCAACUCAAAUCGAGCGCAAUUACUGAAGCUGGCCCUCCAAAACAACAAUGACAACAAGGUCAAUGCUAUGAAUCUUCCCCCAUCGCCCGGAAAAGGUCAUGGAACGUUGGUGUCCCGAAACACCGAUGAAAACGGCGAGAAGCGCACAUCUUCUCUUCAUGAACAGCCGUCCGUACCGAGAGAACUGCAUCUGGGCAUGUUCGAAAUCGGCAAACCCCUCGGGAAGGGGAAGUUUGGACGAGUAUAUCUUGCCAAAGAACGUUCAUCCGGUUUUGUCUGCGCACUGAAGGUGCUGCACAAGUCCGAACUCCAACAGGGUGGAGUCCAGAAGCAAGUCCGCCGUGAGAUCGAGAUUCAAAGUAACUUGCGACACCCCAACGUGUUGAGACUCUACGGUCACUUCCAUGACAGCAAGCGUAUCUUCUUGAUUCUUGAGUUCGCCGGUCGUGGAGAGCUUUACAAGCAUCUUCGCAAGGAGCACCGAUUCCCGGAAUGGAAGGCUGCCCAAUACAUCGCCCAGAUGGCUGCAGCAUUGAAGUACCUUCACAAGAAGCACGUUAUGCACCGUGAUAUUAAGCCCGAGAACAUUCUUGUUGGCAUUCACGGAGAGAUCAAAAUCAGUGACUUUGGAUGGAGUGUGCACGCCCCCAACAACAGACGCCAGACGAUGUGCGGAACUCUCGACUACCUGCCCCCAGAGAUGCUGCACAGUGGCUCCCAGACCAACUACUACAGCGAGAAAAUAGACUUGUGGAGUCUGGGUGUUUUGACUUAUGAGUUCUUGGUUGGCGAGGCACCAUUUGAGGAUACUCCGAUUAUGACCCAACGGAGAAUUAGCCGGGCAGAUAUGACGGUUCCGUCCUUUGUGAGCCCUGAGGCAAAAGACCUCAUCAAGAAGCUGCUGGUUCUUGAUCCUGCGAAGCGAAUUCCUCUAGAUGAGAUUCAACGCCAUCCCUGGAUUGUCAAGCACUGCGCGAAGGAGGAGCAGACUGUGAAACGGAGCUCUGGUACCUCCAAGGCCGAGAAAGCAUGAAUGACCUUGCAUAACAGGUCUUUGGGUGUUUUGGUGUUCUUUUUGUUCUGGUGUUUCAAACCCCCAUAUGGAGUCUGGUGUGUUUCUGGUCUUUUGAGCAUUUUUGGGCGUGUUGGUCUGUUUUUAGAGUCUAGUUGAGAGAGAUGUUCAUGAUGUGGCGAUAUGUGGAU